CCGGGGUCGGGAGGGCGGCCGCGGCUCCGGGGGGACCCGGCCCGGCCCGGCCGGCGGAGCGCCCAGGGCGGCUGCGGGCGCCCCUGUCCCCAGCGCGCGGCGGCGGCGGCAGGUCCAGUGAUCUUUUGACUGCCACAUAUGGAGGCCCAAAAAUCUCCAAAGGAAACUGUCCUCAUUACAGGAGGAGGUGGCUAUUUUGGUUUCCGCCUGGGCUGUGCUCUGAACCAGAAAGGAUUCCACGUGAUUCUGUUUGAUAUCAGCAGCCCCACUCAUUCCAUUCCAGAAGGAAUCGAGUUCAUCCGUGGAGACAUUCGCCACCUCUCUGAUGUGGAGAAAGCCUUCCAGGAUGCAGAUGUCACGUGUGUGUUCCAUAUUGCCUCUUACGGCAUGUCAGGGCGGGAGCAACUGAAUCGAAGCCUGAUAGAAGAAGUCAAUGUCGGGGGCACAGACAACAUCCUCCAGGUUUGCAGGAGGAGAGGGGUGCCAAGAUUAGUUUACACUAGUACUUUCAAUGUCAUCUUUGGAGGUCAAGUAAUCAGAAAUGGAGAUGAAUCUCUGCCUUACCUACCUCUUCACCUCCAUCCCGAUCACUACUCUCGGACGAAAUCUAUUGCAGAGAAGAAGGUGCUGGAGGCCAGUGGUACCACCCUGGUGAGAAGUGAUGGUGUCUUAAGAACCUGUGCUCUGAGACCAGCUGGCAUAUAUGGGCCUGGAGAGCAAAGGCACCUUCCCAGGAUAGUGAGCUACAUUGAGAGGGGUCUGUUCAAGUUUGUGUAUGGGGAUCCUAGGAGCCUGGUGGAAUUUGUCCACGUGGAUAACUUGGUACAGGCUCACAUUCUGGCCUCCGAGGCUCUGAAAGCUGACAAGGGUCACAUUGCCUCUGGGCAACCCUACUUCAUCUCAGAUGGCAGACCUGUAAACAACUUUGAGUUCUUCCGGCCUUUGGUUGAGGGCCUGGGCUACACAUUCCCGUCUGUCCGCUUGCCGUUGACCCUCAUCUACUGCUUUGCUUUCCUAACAGAAAUGGUUCACUUCAUUUUAGGGCGACUAUAUAAUUUCCAGCCCUUCCUCACCCGCACAGAAGUUUACAAAACUGGCGUCACCCAUUACUUCAGCCUAGACAAGGCCAAGAAAGAGCUAGGUUAUGAGGCUCAGCCAUUUGACCUCCAGGACGUAAUCGAUUGGUUUAAAGCGCAUGGUCAUGGCAGAAGUUCUGGGAAUCGUGACUCUAAAUGUCUUGUUUGGGAUGGGCUGAUGGUCUUUCUCUUGGCCAUGGCAGUUCUCACAUGGCUGCCUCCUUCUGCAGUUCUGUCACUAUGAGGGAACUAGAAAUAAGGAGCUGAUCACACUUGCUGUGAUGGUUUUCAAGAAAUACAGGUUUAAAAUCACUAUAUAGGGGCACCUGGACGGCUCAGUUGGUGAAGCAUCUGCCUUCGGCUCGGGUCAUGAUCCUGGAGUCCCGGGAUCGAGUCCCGUAUGGGGCUCCCAGCUCAGUAGGGAGUCUGCUGCUUCCUCUCCUCCCCACUUGUGCUCUCUCUCUCUCGCUAUCUCUGGUGCUAUCUCUGUCUCUCUCAAAUAAGAUCUUCAAAAAAAUAAAAUUUCUAUCUAGAUCUAAAUAUAUCUAUAUAUAGAUUUCAAAUAGAAAUAGAUACGUGGUAGCGAGUUUUGGCUCUUCAAAUUGCUUCUUAAGAAUAGAUUCUUGGAUUAAGUCUUCAUUUCUUACCUUCUUGCACUAAUCCUGAGGGGAGAAAAAAAGAAGCAAAGACAAGUUUGAAAUGUAGUUUCUUGUAUCCUUAUCCUUUAGAUAAGUACAGUAGAAGUCAUAUUGGUGCCACAGAGCCAGAAUGAGGAAGAUUGGAAAUGUCUUGAAUUUCUCUGAGCCAAAGAUGUACUUAUUUCUGUUCCCUAUACUCUGCAUCCACUUAAAAUAGACUAAAAUGUGCACUGAUACGGGAAUGGCAAAACACUAACAGGCUUGAGUAUGUGUGAAAGACACCAAAUUGGGUCAGAUCCCUGCAGACCAAGCCUCUGAGGAGAUGGUGGCUGUUGAGAGGCAUUAACUAGUCAUUCCUGUAGGGUUUAGGAAUGAGUUUUUACCCUUUAUAACAUCAGGGCGUUGUACCCAUGUGACCACAUGGUAAUGUUUGAUUUUUAAGCAAACAGAACCUUGUCUUACCUCAUAGGAUUCUUUUGAGGAUUAAAUUCAACAAGGCACAUAAAGUGCCCCUCAACACAAGCAAGCCGUUGUUUUUGUUAAUGUCCUUGCUAUACAUUCCUUAUAAGGGUUUUCUUCCUCAGGGUUCAGAGGGUGCUGUUGCCACCAACCUUCCAGGAAUGUCUUUGUGGUAAGCCCUCAGAGUUUGUAACAAGCAUGUUUGAAUAUACUCAGUGUGUGUAAGGUUCUGGUCUCUGAGCAGAGAUGGAAGUUUAGGAAACAACUACAAAUCUGAUUAAGGAAGAUGAUCAAGCUAAUGAUGCCAUAUGGAAUUUAAAAGUGAAACCUAACUCUCAACUAAUAGAGUGGCUUUCUUCUGGGAAGACAUUGGGUUCUCUGAAGGCAACUUCCAGUGAGGAAUGUUUUGAAUAAUGGUGUUACUGUGUAGCCACCCUGGAGGACUGCUGUGGACAGCAUCCAAAUUGCACUGUUGCACAGAAACCAAAGGGAAAAGAAGAGAAUCUUUAUCUGUUCCAUGAUUUCGGCUUCAGAAAAGAUAGUAUUGGGACGCCUGGGUUGCUCAGCGGUUGAGCGCCUGCCUUCGGCCCAGGGCAUGAUCCUGGAGUCCUGGGAUCAAGUCCCACAUCAGGCUCCCUGCAUGGAGCCUGCUUCUCCCUCUGCCUGUGUCUCUGCCUCUCUCUCUCUCUCUCUCUCUCUCUCUCUCUCUCUCUCUCUCUCUGUCUCAGGAAUAAAUAAAUAAAAUCUUUAAAAAAGGGGAUCCCUGGGUGGCGCAGCGGUUUGGCGCCUGCCUUUGGCCCAGGGCGCGAUCCUGGAGACCCGGGAUCGAAUCCCACGUCAGGCUCCCGGUGCAUGGAGCCUGCUUCUCCCUCUGCCUGUGUCUCUGCCUCUCUCUCUCUCUGUGACUAUCAUAAAUAAAUAAAAAUUAAAAAAAUUAAAAUCUUUAAAAAAAAACAGUAUCAAAGCAUAAGGCAGAUAGAUUACUGUGGAAGGUUACAUUAGAGUCGUGUUGAGAUUACUUGUAGGAAAAGGAAGCUAGAUGAAUACUCCCUGUCUGGUAAGUGCUACCUGGAUGUUUUGGAAAUAAUGCUCAACCUGAUAUGAGAAGACCUGCAACCAUGAAUGAAAUAUUGUGUAGCCUUAAUCUAGUAACUGAAGCCUCUUACUUUCCUCAUUUCCUCAUGGGAAUGACUUGUAUUUGCCUUUUCUACAAACCCACCCAUCUCACAGCAUUUGUUGUAUCAAAUAAGAUGUCAUUAAAGCACUUUUAAUCUAUAAAUCGCAAAAUAAAUAGGUGAUGGUAGCGAUCACUUCUGAUGAAA